AUGCUGAAACCGAGUUUCCCCCCGUCCUUGAUCGCGAGGCGCCUCCUCGGCACCAGGGGCAGCCCCGGUGUUGGUACCGGCCUUGGGAACUGGACUUGCGCCCGGUGCCGUGGCACUGGUAGCGGUAGCAGCAGCAAUGGCAGUCGGAUCUUUCGACCGAACCCGUCUCGACCUCCUCCACCCGUGAGGCAAUAUGGCACUGCGAGGCCGUCGUUCACAUCCCACACCCCUCCAAAGGGGAGAUCCCGGCGGCGAAUUACGGCGGCGCUGUUGGCCACGGCUGGGGGAGGAGCCACCGCGAUGUUGGUGUCUGUAGGGGAUGAUGUUAAGAACAGUUACGAAGCGAUGGAACGCUCGGGGCGGGUGGCUUCGACAUUGUGGCUAUGUAUUAAUGAUUACCGGACGACACUUAAUCAGCGAGAGACACUCGAGGACGAAGACGAAAAGGAGCAUUUCUUAAAAGCAUGCCACAAGCGGUGUGCCGAUAGGACAUUGAAAGUGUUGGAGAAGAAUGGGGGGAUAUUUAUCAAGCUGGGACAGCAUUUGAGUGCGAUGAACUACCUUCUUCCCGCCGAGUGGACGACUACAUUCAUACCGCUGCAGGACAAGUGCCCGGUGUCCUCCUUCGAGUCGAUCGAGGAAAUGUUCCGCAAAGACACGGGCAGCGAACUAUGGGAUUACUUCUCUGAAUUCUCCCCCGAACCCAUUGGCGCCGCAUCACUAGCGCAGGUACACUUGGCGACUAUCAAGGAUACAGGGCAAAAGGUGGCCGUCAAGGUCCAGCAUCCAAGCCUACAACAAUGGGCCAAGCUGGACAUGUCCCUGACGACGUUUACAUUCUCUAUGCUGAAGCGCUUCUUCCCGGAAUACGACCUGGAAUGGCUGUCUUCCGAGAUCGAGGUCUCACUUCCCCUGGAGCUCAACUUUGUAUGCGAGGCGGAGAAUUCAAGGCGAACCAAGGAGCACUUCUCGCGCAUCCCCGAGCUGCCGCUCGUCAUCCCGAACGUAAUUUGGGCGAAGCGACGCAUUCUUGUCAUGGCGUGCGAGGCCGGCCGACGCUUAGACGACCUCGCUUAUUUGGAUUCGGAAGGCAUCGACCGCGACGAGGUCUCGGCCACCUUGGCGCGGGUGUUCAACGAGAUGAUCUUUGGCGAUGAUGCUCCGCUACACUGCGACCCGCAUGGAGGCAAUAUUGCGAUCCGAAAGAACACGACGCGACGCCGCGGCGCCAACUUUGACCUCAUCCUUUAUGACCACGGGCUGUACCGUGACAUCCCGCAAUCGCUGCGGCGAUCGUACGCGAAGAUGUGGCUGGCCAUCAUCGACGGCGAUAUCGAGCGGAUGAAGAAAUACGUCAACGAAGUAGCGGGCAUCGGCGAGGACCAGUUCCCGCUGUUCGCCUCCGCCAUCACCGGCCGCGAUUUCAGCGUCGUCAGCUCGUCCAUUACCGCUCCCAAGGAUGCCGCCGAGCAACAAAGUAUGAGUGGCGCCCUUCAAGACGGCCUCCUCGUCGACCUCGUCCAGAUGCUCGGCCAAGUACCCCGCAUCAUCCUGCUCAUCCUCAAGACGAACGACCUAACUCGCAGCCUGGACGAGAACCUGCACACACGUCAGGGCCCCGCGCGCCAGUUUCUAAUUCUUGCGCGCUACUGUAUGCGCACCGUCUUCUACGAGCAGCUCGAAGAGAUCCGCGCCUGCGGCUCGCUGUACUGGCCGCCCAACGCGUUGCGGCUACUGGCGGCUUGGUUGGGGUAUGUUCGAGUGGGCGCCAAGCUGGAGGCGUAUGAGCUGUGGAUUCGGGUUAAGCGGGUGUUGGGGUAUCAAAAUGGGAUAGACUUGGGUGCUAUGGCGUAA